CGGUACUGCUUCCCUGCUCUUCUGCAUUUUUUUCUUUUUGGAAGAAAGGAGGAAGAAGGAGAACCAGAGGCGAGAGACAAUCAGCAAAACCGCUGGUUUGAACUGAUAAAACUGUCGUUAGGGUUUGUAUUGGCUUGGCAAGUGGCAAUCCCAUUGCGGAAUGGCUUCUCGCAACCAUCUCGACGAUGACGAUGACUUCGGCGGCGAUUUCAGUGGAGCCCACAACGGAAGGCGUUCGGGUAAUAAGAGAAGCUUUGGGGAUCUUGAGGACGAUGAAGACGAUCUCUUUAGUUCGAAGAAGGGUAAUUCGAAGGUGGAAGAAACCGCAAUGAUUCUGUCUCUUCGUGAGAGCCUUGAUACCUGCAGGAACGAUCUUGCGACAUGUCAAACGGAGCUUGAAGCGGCAAAGUUGGAGAUUCGAAAGUGGCAUUCUGCAUUUGAGAAUUCGUCUUUCAUACCCUCAGGGGCAUCUCCCGAACCUAAACUAGUCAUCAAUUAUCUUCAGACUCUGAAAUCAUCGGAGGAGUCAUUGGAGGAACAGCUUGAGAAAGCAAAGAAAAAGGAAGCAGCCUUCAUUGUUACAUUUGCCAAACGAGAGCAGGAGAUAGCAGAAUUGAAGUCUGCAGUUCGGGACUUGAGAGCACAACUGAAGCCACCGUCAAUGCAGGCAAGGAGAUUGCUACUUGAUCCAGCAAUUCAUGAGGAAUUUACUCGCUUGAAGAAUUUGAUUGAAGAGAAGGACAAAAAGGUGAAGGAACUACAGGACAACAUUGCUGCCAUGAAUUUUACUCCACAAAGCAAGAUGGGGAAGAUGCUAAUGGCAAAGUGCAAGACUCUUCAAGAGGAAAAUGAGGAGAUUGGUGCUCAAGCAGCUGAAGGAAAGAUCCAUGAGUUGGGAAUGAAGCUUGCCUUGCAGAAAUCUCAGAAUGCUGAACUCCGAAAUCAGUAUGAAGGCCUGUACAAACACAUUGAGGGCCUAACAGAUGAUGUUGAGAAGUCGAAUGAAAUGGUGCUCAUCUUACAAGAGAAGCUUAUGGAGAAGGAUGGGGAGAUCAACCAACUGAAGCUGAAGCAGAAGCUUGACCUGCAACAGAAGACCCCUGUAGAAGAACCAGAGCCACCCACCGAUUUAGCUCCAGAGAAAGCAGUUAGCAGUGAUGAACUAAUGACUCCAAAACAAGAAACUGAGGCUGAUUAAACUGUUUUGGAAGAAGAUUUUGUAGUUUGCUGGCAGUCAAAUUUUCCUUGUAUGUGCAAUGUGUACAUUAAACAUAUCUCAUUAGUCAUUAAUCUUUCCACACAUUUUUGUUCUCUGGGGUCUGGGUGAUUGAAACUGAAGGUAGCAUAAAAGUCUGCUGGUGUAAUAAGGGCUACAAAUACUCUCUAUGAAGGGUACUUUGUACAAUACCCUAAUUCGAUAUAAUGUGUUAAGCUGACAUAAGAGUCCUAAUUGCACUGCAAAACUUCUGGUGUUUCAUCGAUGCUUCCUUUUGUUGCCUGUCGGCCAACCCAAACCAGCAUUUCCAGUGUUCCCAACGGCCUGUAUUGGUUCAACCAGUCCUUUCCUGCUGCUGCCAAGAGCAUCUCCCUGCACAUGUUCCAACAGCGUGGUUGGUUCAAGCUUGAGAAUCGCCAGAAAGUCGUUGAUGGUUCACAUGUUUCUGAAC